GGCAAGUUUGACUUCUGUCAAAUCUUACAAUUGGUUCCAUUCACUUAUAUAAUUCUAAUUUCGUUAAUUGUGAAAUCUGUAGCCAGUUUCACUGAGCUGAUACUCCUUUGAUAUUAAUCGUCAAAUAUAUAAAUGGAAGUGUCAGAUGCUGCUUUUGCUCGUGCACUCUCGGUUCAAAUCAAAGAAGAACCUACGGAUGAAGAUAAGAUUCCUGAAGUAUCUACUCACGAAGAUAAAGAAGAUGGUGAGGAAGAGAAAGAAGUAGACAUAAAUGUUGUUUCAGGCCAUGUGAAGCAGGAAUGUAUCAUCAUAGAAGAGCCUACGCUAACCGAUGCAGGGAUGGUUGUCUCAUGUUACCACUGUGGGAAAUCUUUCAAUUCGUUAGGUGUACUAAAAGAACAUAUUGAAAAACAUGUUCAACAAAUGACUGAGGUAAAAAAAGCAAUAUUAGAGAAAGAUAAAUUGGACAAACCUUACAGAUGUUCCAAGUGUAAUUACAAAACUGCAAACUCCUACAAUUUGAAACAACACACAUUACACAAACAUACCGAAGUCAAACCCUUUCAAUGUACAUUUUGUGAUUAUGCCGCUAUUUACUCUAGCUUAUUGAAAAAGCAUGUAUGGGCACAACAUACAGGAGAGAAACCUUAUAAUUGUGAUCUCUGCGAUUAUAAAGCCAUUCUCAAGAGUAAUCUUCAAAGACAUAUAUUGUGCAAGCAUACAAAGAACAGGCCUUACCAUUGCACCUUUUGUGAAUAUAAAUCUGCACAAGCAGCUGCCUUGAAAGCCCACAUCGUUGCUCGUCAUACGAAUGCUAAACCUUAUCAUUGUAGUUUGUGUGACUUCAAAACUGCUCAGCAAUGUAGCUUGAAACUUCAUACGAAGGCUAGACAUUCUAACGAUAAGCCUUUUCACUGUACUUUUUGUGAUUAUAAAGCGGUAUAUGAAUCAAAAGUAACAGAUCAUAUUAGAAAAAUGCAUACUGAUAGAAAAUUCUUUGAGUGCACAUUAUGUGCAUAUAAAACAAUCUAUCCGCAGUACUUUGAAAGGCACAUGGCGAAAAAACAUGUUAAAAAACAUAUGUGCGAUUUCUGUGAUUAUAAGUCGAAUCAACGGAGCAAUGUAAAGCGUCAUGUAUUGUCUAAACACAAACCUAAUUUUGUAAGUGUGCCAAAAGCUGAAGCUAUUGGAACACAAAUACAACUCCAAAUUUUGUGAUGGCUGGGUCACUGCAGGCUCGUAAGCUGAAGGUGUGAAGUCUUCGACUAUUUACUGAUUGGUGCAGUAUUUAGUAGCAGUCUGUUUAUUUGACACAGUUUCUUUCAUCAAACAGAAUCAGUUGACUGUUUCAUUCGAGAUUAAACAGAUACAAGGGAAGAAUUUUCUCGGUACACAUUAAUAGGAGGCAGUGAUAGCGAUGUAAAAACAGUGAAACACUGAAUGAACCUGUUAUAUUUUAAACUUGUUUCUACUACAGAUACAAAAGCUGAGGGGGCGAGGAGAGUGAGCAGGAAAUCUGGUGAACUGAAGUUUAGAUGACAAAAUGAUUAGGAGUGUCUGUCUCGGUUCAUUUCUGUUUUAAAUCUGUCAUUAAUCCCCCAUCCUCGCCACUGGUCUGGGGAAUGCCUUGUAUAGCCUAUAAGAUGAGGAAGGUAUGGACAAAAAAAAUAUAUAUAUACACAUAUAAAAAGAUAAAAGCAGUUUUCUGAACUAGAUCUCUUAAAUAGAUAAAUUACUCCCUAUAGGAUUUUCAUUCGUCCUGUGCUGAGUUAUGAUUCAGAAACAGACCACAGCCAGAUCUGAAGACCAACUUCUCAUAUUUAAAGAGAAUGUAUUACGCUAAAUUAAUGGCAGUGUGUACAAGAAUAAUGAUUGGAGACAGAGAACCAAUGACCUAUUUCAAGAGCCGGACAUCUCUUGUGUCAUCAAGCUUAGAAGACAGAUGGGCAAGACAUUUAGCCGGAUUGCCUGAAAAUCUAUCCUAAGAAAAUUUUGGUCUAGCCCCUUCAUAAGAAUCACAAAUUUGAAGGUGCGAAAUUGGAUGGCAGUAGCACUGAAUAGAAACGCAUGGCGGUUGCUAUUGGAGAAAGCCUGGACCUCUUAUUGGGUGUAGCGUUAUCGAAGAAGAAGAAGAAAGAAAUAUAUACAGCCCUCUACAACAGAUAAUGACACAACUCUACUGUUCUUUUAAAUAGCAAUGAAAGAUUGUCCAUUAUUGCGACAUAUAAAGAGCUGCCAUAUUUUCUGUUUAACAGUUUCAGGAACUCAAUGUCUAAUAAUUGGAGUAGUUAAUAAUUUUUAAUUUUAUUUCAUUAAAAAAAAAAAAAUGUUUCAAUGAAAAAACUGACAAUACAAUCUUUUGAUGGUCUUAGGUUCAGUAAUUUGUAAGUACUGUUUUCAGACCAAUGAACAUAGGAAUUCAGAACCUUACUCAGUGAGAUAUUCUGAUCAAACCCCUUAUUUCUAAUUCCUUCUCAAAGUAGGUUCACUUUUUAUUAUUCUGGUAUCUUAAACAAAAUAGAAUUUGAUCACUGUUUAUUUGCCUUAACUUUGAUUAUAACUUUCUUCAUUGAAUUAUCAGCUCUAACCAUUUCCCAAGGUUAGGUAGAAUGAUAAUUUUCCUAGGUUAGGUAGAAUGAUAAUUUUCCUAGGUUAGAUUGAAAGUAAAGAAACUUUAAAUCAACAGUAACAUGUUAUUAUUGAGAUAUAAACGUAAUGUUCAAGAACUUUUAAGAUUAUGUCUCUUAGUUUAAUCAAAAUUUGUUCAAUUUUAUAUUAUAGUUUUGCAAUUUUUUUUUCACACUUUUCCACAUUUCACAUAAGUUCCUGACACAGGAGCUCAUCAGACCUUCACAGGUUUUAUUUAAAUUUUAGGUAAUUCAGUAUUUAAUUGGCAACACCUACAAUUGUAAAAUAUUCAAGGAUAGAGCACUUGUCAAUUUAU